UAAGCACUGUCACUUUUUAUAUGCAUAUGUAAGGAGUAAUACCGGAAGUGACCUGUAUGGAAGGUGUACAGUUUUGCAUAGGGGAGGGGCAAAGAAGGGGCGAGUUCACCACGCCUUGUCACUACCAACUUGGUCAGCCAUAUUGGCUGUCACUCUGGACACAUUAGCCCGGCUUGGCGGAGGAGUUUCGGCUGUAUUAGUGAGCCUGUGUCCGAUAACCAUCGGGGGAGUGGACGCUGCUAUUUUAAGGCGCUGGCGAUAUAUAAAGCCGGGCGGGCAGGGGAGGAAGGAGGAGUUGCUGUCGGGGGCUGACGAGCUAGCAGGCAUCCUUUUACCUUGACGCAGCCGCGGUGCCGGUGAGUUGGACCUCACCUCCGCAAACAUUGUUAGCUCCAGCCGGGUUCUUGACCACCGCGGAGACGAAAGGACGGAGCAUCUUGCAGUUGAUAAAAGGCACUGGUGGCCCCGAGAGAGGCAGGAAGACGGAGGACGACUUCUUUCUCUUUUCUAAGCAGCAGGGCAGAGAGAGGAUGAAGAUGCCCAAGCCGACGAAUGUCCGUGUUACCACCAUGGAUGCUGAGCUGGAGUUUGCCAUCCAGCCCAACACCACAGGCAAGCAGCUCUUCGACCAGGUAGUGAAGACCGUGGGUCUGAGGGAGGUGUGGUUCUUCGGACUGCAGUACACAGACAGCAAAGGCUAUGUGACGUGGUUGAAGCUCAACAAGAAGGUGACGCAGCAGGACGUGAAAAAGGAGAACCCGCUGCAGUUCAAGUUCAGAGCAAAGUUCUUUCCAGAGGACGUCUCAGAGGAACUCAUCCAGGAGAUCACACAGAGGCUCUUCUUCCUGCAGGUGAAGGAAGCCAUACUGAACGACGAGAAUUACUGCCCUCCUGAGACCGCCGUACUCUUGGCCUCCUACGCCGUCCAGGCCAAGUAUGGAGACUACAGCAAAGAUGUCCAUAAGCCUGGUUACCUGGCUGCAGACCGCCUGCUGCCACAGAGAGUUCUGGAGCAACACAAGCUGACAAAGGAGCAGUGGGAGGACAGAAUACAGACAUGGCACGAGGAACACAGAAGCAUGCUCAGGGAGGACGCCAUGAUGGAGUACCUAAAGAUCGCUCAGGACUUGGAGAUGUACGGCGUCAACUACUUUGAGAUCAAGAACAAGAAGGGCACAGAGCUUUGGCUGGGUGUUGACGCCCUGGGACUGAACAUCUACGAGCACGAAGACAAGCUGUCGCCAAAGAUCGGCUUCCCGUGGAGCGAGAUCCGGAACAUAUCCUUUAACGACAAGAAGUUCGUCAUCAAGCCCAUCGACAAGAAAGCUCCGGACUUUGUGUUCUACGCCCCGCGCUUGCGCAUCAACAAGCGCAUCCUGGCGCUGUGUAUGGGCAACCACGAGCUGUACAUGAGGAGGAGGAAGCCCGACACCAUUGAGGUUCAGCAGAUGAAAGCUCAGGCCCGAGAGGAGAAGCACCACAAGCAGAUGGAAAGAGCUCAGCUGGAAAACGAGAAGAAAAAGCGCGAGCACGCCGAGAAGGAGAAGCAGCGGAUAGAGCGCGAGAAGGACGAGCUGAUGGAGCGGCUGCGGCAGAUCGAAGAGCAGACGCAGCGAGCUCAGCGAGAGCUGGAGGAGCAGACCCGCAAGGCGCUGGAGCUGGAGCAGGAGAGGAAGCGAGCCAAAGAGGAGGCCGAGCGUCUGGAGAAGGAGAGGCAGGCGGCUGAGGACGCCAAAGCGGCGCUCGCCCAGCAGGCUGCCGACCAGAUGAAGACACAAGAACAACUGGCUGCUGAAUUAGCAGAAUUUACCGCCAAAAUUGCACUGCUGGAAGAGGCCAAGAGGAAAAAGGAGGAAGAUGCGACCGAGUGGCAGCACAAAGCCAUGGCGGCUCAGGAGGACCUGGAGAAGACGCGUGAGGAGCUGAGGGCGGCCAUGACCUCCCCGACGGCGCUGGAGCACGACGAGCAGGACGAGACCAACGCCGAGGCGAGCGCCGAGCUGCUCAGCGACGGCGUCAGCAGCCAGCGCAGCGAGGAGGAGCGUGUCACUGAGGCCCAGAAGAACGUGCGCGUCAAGAAGCAGCUGCAGGUGCGGCGCCGUCACCCUCCACUGCAGCCACUUCACCCCGCAAAGCUCUCACCUCCUCCUGCCGGUCUCUCUUUCCAGGCUCUCAGCUCUGAGUUGGCAGAGGCAAGGGACGACAGCAAGAAGACCCAAAAUGACGUCCUGCACGCCGAGAACGUGCGGGCGGGCCGAGACAAAUACAAGACGCUGCGGCAGAUUCGCCAGGGCAACACCAAGCAGCGCAUCGACGAGUUUGAGUCCAUGUGAGGCUCCGCUGAAAGAAAAGGGAAAAAUAGAACUCUUUGCCGCCGCAGAGACGAGGCGUACAGGCAUUGGUUACUUUGCCAAAAAUCUGCACGACGGCGGCUGGCCAAUCUCUAACAGCUCUGCCCCCCGCCCCCUCCCCAACUAAAGCACAAGAGAACAUCUGGACUUGCAUCAGGACUCAGUGACUCUGAACUGGCUUCACCGCCGAGCUUUAACUUCGCUCGCUAACUUUUCCUUUUUCUUUUGGUGUCUUUGUAGGAUUCCUUGUUUGGUCCUCCCUUGAAUUCCUGUUCAUGCGGCAUCUGCUGUGCCAGUUGAAGUCGUGCAAAACCAACCCGCAGUCCUGUCACACCUGACACAUCCCUGCUAAACGCUUGCAGGUGCUUGUGCGUAGGGUUAGGUGUCAUGCAAGGCGUGUGUUGUUAUUAAUAACUGGCAGGAGGAGUAAAAGGACUGCUUCACAGGUCGACAUUGCACAUGUGCUUGUGUGUGAGCAAACAUACGGUGCGCUUUCAUUUUACUUUGUGGAUUAUUUUGAGUCCUUGGAGCCACCAAUAAUAAUGAUACGACCUUUCCACCUGUGCAGGUACAUGAGCAAGCACACCUUGACAUUUUGGAUUAUUUGCAGUCCUUGUUUAUUUCUAUUAUGAAAGGUGGCCAUCAUUAAUACAUGAACAGCUGGUGGGAGGAGCCGCAAUGGCACUAGUCAUGUGACACAUCAACAUUUGUCCUCCAACAUCAAGCUUUGUCCUUUUUGGCUCAUGUCAAGUUUCUCCAUUUAUUUCGAUAAUGCGAGGUGCCAAUUAUUAACAAUUGGCAGGAGGAGCAGUGAUAAUUAUGAAUGUUAAUUAUGACAAUAACAGAGUGGAAUAGCAUUUCAACAUUUGCAGACAUGUUUGCCAUGACAUACCAUGACAUGAAAACACCUUCUCUGUUCAUGUCCACUUUGUCCCAGUUAUGACCUCUGACCUGCAAGUCCACCUGAGACUUUGGAGCUUCAGAUUUGCAUUUUGUUGACAAGUGUCAACAUGACGCAACAAUUUCACAACACUCAUACAGUCCAAAGACAACCAGCAUCUUCACAGAGGAACAGAAUAAUAGAUUAGUUGCUGGACUUGGGAAUGCUAACUAGACUAACUCAGUAAAAACAUGGCGGCGAGCGUUCCCUGAGACAAAGAAAGUGGUGUUUGUCAUCAUGUGAACACCAAAACACGCUAGUGAUCCUCUUAUGAAUAGCAGUUUAAAUCAAUGUGACAAACUCACAUUUACUCAACAUUUCUUAUAUUCUCAUAUAAAAACACGGAUCAUGAGGAUCAUCAUGAGGAUACAAUUUGUACCAACAAAGAACAGGUUACACGUGCUGCAUGAGCGACGUAGCCACAGUGUUGGGAAGUGAAAGGAGAACCCACUUAAAAAUACUUAAAAUUGUUGCUCGUAAAGGUUCAUUUAAAAAGCCCUAUUCUAAAUUAGAAGUCAGUCAUGGUAAUCGGAGCAGUACAUACUGUACUGUACUGUAAUCCCCCGUUUAUUGCAGUUCAUUGGUUCCAGACGCGACUGUGGUAAGUGAAUUUCUUUAAUUCCAUUUUUAGAAAUUGAGUAUUUUCCUAUUUGGAGCAUCGGAAACCUGUUUACAAUCUUUUAUUAUAGCCCUCUAGAUAUGACAUAACACCCCUGUAGUCACCUUUACACUCCGUAUAACCAAAAUAGGAGACAUGACACAAAAGUAACCAUUUAAAUCCUCCUCCUGUUCCUUGUGUUUUCAGUAAACGUGUUCCCUAGCAAGUCACGUGGGGGUUUCAGAGUUGAGUUUCAGAAUGAUGUUCAAACCUGCAAAAAAAGCCUGGUCUGGUGCUUGUGUGUCUCACUGACCAUUACAGUAACAUUCCUGUCACCUGGUGACCAGUGAAGAAUACUACAUAUCACUUUGAAUGCGUCUUCUGAACACGUUAUAUAUAUUUGAGUUGAUUUAGCCAUUUUUAUACUUUAAAAUGCUUCGUUUAGGCAAAACGGUAACAUUUGCUUACAUAUUAGUAUUUUUGACUAAUUCGACAUAUUGAACCACAAAACACUUUGAGGAGUGAAGCCGUAAAAUUUGAAUUGGCGAGGGACUACUCUAUAUACUUUUAUGAUAUAUUUACAACACAAAAACUGACUGACUCACUCACAGACUUAACAAAAAAACAAGUCUAUAUGUAGAGUAAGUGUAUAUAUACUUUAAAAUCAGGAAAUAUUUCAUCCAUUUUCUACCGUUUAUCCUCACGAGGGUCGCGGGGGCGCUGGAGCCUAUCCCAGCUGUCUUGGGGCGAGGGGCGUGGUCCACCCUGGACUGGUGGCCAGCCAAUCCCAGGGCACCUAUAGGCAAACAACCAUUCCCACCCACAUUCAUACCUAUGGACAGAGAUGGCCCAGGGUGGAAUCGAACUCGGGUCUCCUAGCUGUGUGGCCUGCGCGCUAACCACUUGUCUGUGCAGCCCAGGAAAUAUUUCACAAAGCUAAUUCAUGAUGUAAAUUCUAUGUUGGACAACUUAUUCAGUGAAUUACCGCACUGAAAUUAAUCAAAUGGUUUUGAUAUUUCAAGUAUUUGCACUAUUUUACGUAUUGGAUGCAUUGCAUCAGCACAGUCUUGUGUGGUGUUCAUGUUUAACACAAAACCCUCGUUAGUGACGACCUAAAUACAAAUGAAGACUUAAAUAAUCCUGAACAAUGACUUCAGCAGCGUUAUUAUGCACUUUCACAAAAGAUGAUGCAAGCCAGAGGAAAUCAAAUGAAAAGACCCAGCCAGGAGUUGUGUUUUUUCCUUCUCUUGUUUGGCAUCGACUGAGUUUCACUUCCCUUUUUCCGGGAAAUCUGUGUUGCAUCGAUAUGGACAAUAAGUCGACUCAUAUACUGUAUUUGCGCGUGUUUUGUUAAGUCCGAGGUAGGCUUCAGUCGUGACUUAAUACCCUGAUAUGAUUGCCAAAAAAAGAAAAAAAGCCAUAACAAAAAGUGCCCAAAUCAUAAUCAUAUAAAUACCUUAAAAAUAUAACAAAUAAAUACUUUUUUCAGAAAUGCACUGUUACCCUUGAAAGCCUGGACUCGCAAACGUGCACAUCACGACCCCCAAACACUCUGAUCUUAAGUGCUGAAGUAGCAUAUUUUUGGAAAAAUGUCAGUUGGGGGAUUCACUUAGAAAAGAAUAACACUGAUGCUAGGGAUGCUUUCUCCUGAAACUGACGCAGUCCUAACAAACUCCUCUUUUUGGUUUCACAUUGCGAUUUCAAAGAGGAGUCACUUCUCUUUCUGAUCCACUUCAGGUCUGAGGCACUACAGUGGCAAGACAAGGCAAAGUGAACAUUUGUUUCAUACCAAGAACUUCAACCAAAUCCCGUUUGGCUGUGUGCACAAAAAAUGGGUUUGAUGGCUGGAAGAGUCCAAGUUUGAAAACACGCCUAAAGGAGCUUGAAGUCUUCAGCCUGAAGUGGGACGUCCGGGCUUGCGUCUUUCGAGACGACCUGAAUUAUUAAAAAACGAUUUUUCAAGAA